AUGUCUCUUGCCCAGAUCCCUCUCCGCACGUUGGGAAGAGAUGGCCCUAAAGUGCCGGCUCUAGGCUUUGGACUUAUGGGUCUAUCUGGCACCUACGGAAAAACGGGGAAUGAUGAAGAGAGAUUCCAGAUCCUUGAUCGAGCACUCGAACUUGGAGAAACCUUUUGGGAUACUUCUGACUUUUAUGGUGAUAGCGAGGUCCUUCUGGGGAAAUGGUUUCGACGAACUGGAAAAAGAAAUGAGAUCUUCCUAGCCUCGAAAUUUGGCAUUAGCCCGACGGACUUUGCGGUAGACAGCUCUGCAAAGCACUAUUAUGCUCAUCGUGUCAAUCCGGAUAUUCCUGUUGAGGUUACUGUGCGCGCCUUGGCGGCUCUUCAAGCCGAAGGAAAGAUCAAACAUAUUGGGCUCUCAGAGAUUAGCUCGAGUACACUUCGACGUGCUCACAAGAUUGCCCCGAUCUCUGCUGUCCAAGCUGAGUAUUCUCUUUUCGCACGAGAUGUGGAAGAUUCAUCUGGCACGGACCUUCUGAAGACUUGUCGCGAGCUGGGUGUUGCCCUUGUCGCCUACUCACCACUCGGGCGAGGCAUUCUCGGCGGAGCUAUUACCACCAAGACCAAUCUUCCUGCAAAUGAUAUGCGGGCUGCGUAUAUCCCUUGGUACAACAAAGAGAACCUGGACGAAAAUUCCAAGAUCGUCGAUCAAAUCAAGGCUGUUGCAGAAAAGAAAGGCUUUUCAGGAUCUCAACUCGCGAUUGCGUGGCUCUUGAAACAGGGACCAGAGGUUAUUCCUAUUCCAGGCACUAAGAAGAUAGAGUAUCUUGAAGAGAAUUGGGACUCUCUGAAAGUCAUGCUCACCGACGCCGAGGAAAAAGAGAUUCGAAGACUCGCCGAAAGUGUCAAGGGCGAGCGCUCGAUCGAUAUAGGUCCGGCCCACGCCUUUGCCAAUACGGUGGAGGAAUCCUAA